AUGGGGGAGGAGGAGGAGGAGGAGGAGGGGUGGACAGCGAGGUUCUCUCAGGAGCCGGCAGACCAGUCGGUGGUUCGGGGCCAGAGGGUGAUCCUGUCUUGUGUUGUCUUCAACUACUCUGGCAUUGUUCAGUGGACCAAAGAUGGCCUGGCUCUGGGCAUCGGAGAAGACCUCCGGGCCUGGCCCAGGUACCGUGUGCUGCGUGUUCAGGAGUUGGGCCAGUAUAACCUGGAGAUUCUGUCCGCCGAUCUGUCUGAUGACUCGCUGUACGAGUGCCAGGCCCCGGAUGCUGCCCUGAGAUCCAGGAGGGCCAAACUCACCGUCCUCAUCCCGCCAGAUGACCCGGUGAUAGACGGCGGUCCGGAGGUGUUACUGACUGCACGAGAGUCCUACAACCUCAGCUGUGUGUCUCGAGGGGCCAAACCGCCUUCUACAAUCGAGUGGCUCAAAGAUGGCCUUCCUGUGGACGGGGCUGUCAGCAUGACUGAGGUGCUUCCGGACCGAAAGAGAGUCACCACCCGUAGCUACCUGCCGAUCCAACCGGUCGACACAGAUACUGGGAGGAACUACAGUUGUAUAGCCACCAAUCUGGCAGCUCCCACCGGCAAAAGCACAACAGUCACUCUCAAUGUGCACCACCUGCCAACAGUGACCUUGUCUAUUGAGCCUCGCUCCGUACACGAGGGGGACAGAGUCACCUUCACCUGCCAGGCUCAUGCCAACCCUCCUAUUAUGGGCUACAGGUGGGCUAAGGGUGGCGUCAUUCUGCAAGGUGCGAGAGAGAGCGUGUUCACCACCAAGGCCGACCACUCCUUCUUCACCGAGCCCGUCUCCUGUCUAGUUUUCAACGCCGUAGGAAAGACCAAUGUCAGCAUCCUGGUGGACGUGCACUUCGGGCCGAUCCUGUUGGUGGAGCCGCAGCCAAAAACAGUGGAUGUGGACUCUGAUGUCACACUCAACUGCAAAUGGGCUGGAAAUCCCCCGCUCACACUCACCUGGUUCAAAAAGGGUUCCAACAUGGUUCUCAGUAACAGCAACCAGCUGUACUUGAAGUCCGUGAGCCAGGCUGAUGCUGGUCAGUAUGUGUGUAAGGCCAUCGUCCCUCGAAUCGGAGUUGGCGAAACUGAGGUCACGCUUACUGUCAACGGUCCUCCCAUCAUCUCCAGUGACCCAGUCCAGUACGCGGUAAGAGGAGAACGAGGCGAGGUGAAAUGCUACAUAGCCAGUACGCCACCUCCGGAUAAGAUUGUGUGGGCGUGGAAGGAGAAUGUGUGGGAGAAGGAAAAGGGGACCCUGCUGGAGAGGUACACGGUGGAGCAGAGCAAACCGGCGGCCGAGGGCGGUGGCGUCCUCUCCACCCUCACCAUCAACAACGUGAUUGAGUCCGAUUUCAUGUCGACGUACAACUGCACGGCAUGGAACUCAUUUGGCCCGGGCACCGUGAUCAUCUCACUGGAGGAGACUGAGGACGUCCCAGUGGGGAUCAUAGCCGGCGGGACGGUGGGCUGCACCAUCCUCCUGUUCAUCUGUCUGCUGGUCCUUGUGCUGAUCUUCUACCGCCAGCGCAAAGGCAGCCGGCGCGGGGUCACGCUGGGUAAGCCCGACAUCAAGGUGGAGACGAUAAACAAAGAGACCCACAGCUUAGAGGAGGACUCUGGCAGCGUGUCCACGGCAUCGCGCAUGGUGAAAGCCAUGUACUCGCCCUUUAAGGAUGACAUAGAGCUCAAAUCAGACCUGCGCAGCGACACCCUGGACACCCGUCAGGAGUAUGAUUUGAAGGACCCCACCAAUGGCUACUACAACGUGCGUGCCUCAACCCAUGAUGAAGGCCGCCCCGCCUCUCGCUCCACCAUGCACUACUCUGACUACCGCUCCCCAACAGGAACACCAGGGGGAGCGGCUUCUAUUAGUAGUAGCACCGGCGGGUCAGGAGCCACAGCCAGCGGGGGAGCCCCUGGUCCUCCAGGUCCCCUCACCUCACCUGGCCGCCCGCAAGCCUGCUAUGACCCCCGGCCCCCCUCUAGACUUUCCCACAUUAGCUACGCUCAGUUUAACACCUUCACCCGCGGGGGCCAAAGCCAACAACCUCCAGCCAACCCUGCGCCAGCUGCCGGCGACUUCCCAGGAGACUGCAGCCUCCUGGACUCUACGUCUCAGCUGGCUUAUGACAACUAUGGAUACCCCUCACAUUACUCCACGUACCGCAUGGGUUUUGCCCCGUCCAGCUUGGCCCCUCUAGAGGCCGGCCCAUCUUAUGAGAUGUAUGGGGUAGGAUCCGGGGUGGGGGCAACCGGAGUCGGGGUGGGCCCUGGGGGUCCGACUCCGGCGGGAUCAGAGACUGGACUUGGGAAGUACGGCAGCUCCACUCGCUUCUCCUACACUUCCCAACACUCUGACUACUCCCACAGCCGACACACACAGAGGAUGCAGACUCACGUGUGAGAGAGCGACGUGUCGCCACGUCACAGUGUUAGCAGAGCGCGAGGGGAGCGUCUUAUAAAUAGCGUUACACAUAAAAAAAAAAAACACACAACCACACAUUUACACGCAGAGACACCCACACUCCUCACUGCACACAAGCACACAGCUACACAACACAAAAAAACUCCCAAAACAAAACAAAAAAAUCACAAAGACACACCCAUGCACAGUCAGAAGACCACGCCCACAAGAUAGGGAGGGUGUGGGAUACGCAGAGGCUGGACAGAAGACGGGGAAGCAUCGACUUCCCCCGCUCCAGAUGUGUUUGUAGAUCUGAGCUCUGAAAGAGCAGAUGGUGCAAGUCACAAUCAAGACUGAAAGAGAGAGAAAGAGAGAGAGGAGAUCGCAGAUCUUUAAAGCCUGUGCAACAAAUUUAAAUGUAAAUGACGGGAACGUCAAAACUGGUACACACUGAUCAGGAUAAACCUCAACCAGUGACGUCAUGUCUGGUCAACAUUUUAAUUUUUGUCUUUCUUUGUUUCUUUUGGUUGGUUUUAUUCGGUGGUCAUAGAGCACAUUUAUAUAUAGUGUCUCUGUACAGUGGUUGGCGGCGGGAGGAUUUAGGGUCGGGUCGGGUGGGGCGGGUUGUCAUCAUUUUGCACUGCAUCUACAGUAUUCAUGCUUAAACAUCUCUUACCUAUACCUGUGUAAUGUCCCGUUUUUAUUUGCACACCAAACUAGAGCUUUGUAUUCUAUUUUUUAACAUUACAGAAUUAUUUUUGUCAACGUAAAAAUGUGUAUUGUGUAUGUACGGACCAAAUGUUUGAGCGUGGGUUUUCACCCGUGGCGGCAGAUUGCCAACACGACAAAGAAGAAGAGCUUGAAUUCCUCCUAUAACGUGCUGAUAGGAUUCAUAUCGGUGUAUACGAGAAACCUAGUGCCAAGUGUUCAUGUCGUCCUUCACCGUAGACCAUGUACAGUAUAUGCAGUAGAAGCCCCUUCCCUUGGCGACUGUUGCUAUGCCUUGAGUCGUUCCUUGAAGUUUUAGAUGGCUUUUUCUCUGAGCUUUUAGCUCCAGACAGAAAAAUCGCAGAUGUUGGAUUUCAAACUGAGUGGCCUUAUAGGGGAACGUGUGGUACAUUUCCAUUCGAGUCAUUCCUCAUUGUCAGUGUGCCAAACGGCCGGGGUUAGAAUGUGUAAGUAGAGGUUUCGUCAAAGGCUCGCCCCACAGUACCGACAUGAUCGGGAAGCGCAAGUCGUCGAUUUGUACAGUGCGUUUGUACAGACGUGUGAAUGGCCGGAAAACACGUGGCGCCCGACCUGUGCGUGCAUGCGGCUGUCAUGUGUAUGUGUCUCCAUGUGCGGGUGCGUGUGUGCUGGUAUGUGUCCAUAUCAUUUCUCUCACAAUCCCGUUACAGUACUUUUAUACCUCUGGUAGGACUGUAUCCUGUAUUAUUGUGUCUUUGAAUUUAGAAA